GCUCACGGAAGCUGCAAGUCAUGCAUGUCCCUCCAUUGUUGCGCUCUCAACAUAUUCGUAUUAAGUUAUUUCCCUUCGUUUUUGAAGCUACAAUUUGAAAUCAACCACUGAAAGACAGCGAUUUCCCUAUCAAGGAACCCGCUCAGACCUAGAAGUCUCCCAUCAACCACCUAUCUUUAGAAUCAUCCCCGCAUCGUCUUCCCCUUCCAAGUCAGCAAACAAGCAAACUCUCAACCAUGAGUUCAAACGGAACACCCGUUGGCAAUCACUCGGAGCCCCAUAAUUCAGCGACUCCAGUAGCCGGUGGACCGGAUACAACGAGUUUACCGACUGUAGCUGGUGGUGCACCGGCGCGCUUAUACAUGAACGAGAAGAUUGUGCCAUAUCUGCUGGAAGGGAUGAAGAGAAUUGCGCAAGAUCAACCGCCUAAUCCAUUGAAAGUGCUGGGGGAGUUUCUUAUCCAGAAGAGCAAUGAAGUCGAGCAAGAACAAAAUAAUUGAUUGUAUAUGGAAUAAGAUCUUGUGUUUGCCUAUUUUUUAAAGGCGUGGUGAAUGGCGUGGUGAAUGGCGUAGUUUUUGAACAUAUUGUUGAUGGUCUUGACUAUAGGCUUAUACUGC